AUGAGGUGGCACCUUGAGCUAUCUCAAUACACCUAUGAGAUCAUUUACCGACCUGGAAAAGAGAACAUAACUGCUGACGCUCUUUCUCGAGCAUGUGUGAUAAUGGGAUGUAUCACAUCAAAACAAGACUUGAUAAAAUAUCAUCAAGACCUCUGCCACUCCGGCAUCACACGAUUUUUUCACUGGACUAAAGCUCAUAACCUUCCAUACUCGGUAGAUGACAUCAGAGAUGUCUGCAUGGAAUGCAAGAUCUGCUCAGAGCUGAAGCCAAGAUUCAACAGUUUCAAAGGAAAAUUGAUAAAAGCAACUCGGCCUUUUGAAAGGAUCAACAUUGACUUCAAAGGACCCCUGCCAUCAUCAACUAGAAACAAGUACAUCCUCACUAUUGUGGAUGAAUAA